AUUUGAGAAGGAGAGGAGAGGAGCCGCUACAGUCCGGUGUCACCACAAAACGAGUGGAUUAAGUUUUCGGGGCGUUCUCCUCCGGACUCCCCCGGACUCCCCCGGUCUCUCCCGGUCCGUGCCGGUCUGUGCCGGUCUCUCGGUGCUCGGUAUGGGCAUUGACCGGCGGCGGAGAGCGUCUCUGGCGCUCACCUUGAACUUCCUCGCGCUGUUCCUCGCGGUGUCCGCGCUCACCACCAGCUACUGGUGCGAGGGCACGCGCAAAGUGGUGAAGCCGUUCUGUACCGGGCCGGGCACCACCAAGCAGAGCUUCUGCAUCAGGUUCAACAGCUCCAACAUCAACGACACGCGCCUGGUCCAGUACAUCUGGGAGACCGGCGAGGACAAGUACGUGAUGAGGAAGUUCCACACCGGGAUCUGGUUCUCGUGCGAGCAGAACAUCAACAUGAGCGGUGAAAACUGCCGGAGUUUCCUUUACGUCGCACCUUCCAAUGAAAGAGGAGUGCUGUGGCUGUGCAUCGUGGCAGAGUGUCUGUACAUCCUCCUCCUGGCCACCGGGGGCAUCCUCAUGUCCAUAGAGGUGUGUCAGUUUGGCAACGUCAUCGACGGCCUCAAGCUCAACGCCUUCGCCGCCAUAUUCACUGUGCUGUCAGGUCUGCUUGGUAUGGUGGCCCACAUGAUGUUCACCACUGCUUUCCAGCUGACUGUCAGUUUGGGCCCAGAAGACUGGAAACCUCAGACAUGGGACUACAGCUGGUCGUACAUUCUGGCGUGGAGCUCCUUCACAGCGUGCAUGGCGUCCUCGGUCACCACCAUCAACCGCUACACCAAGACCAUCCUGGAGUUCAAGCACAAGCGCAGGAACAUCGAGAAGAACCUGAAGAUCAAGCAGAAGCUGCUGGAGCUGGACUCGCCGGAGCAAGUGUGGGACAUGUACAUCAGCUCGGUGCCGAGCACGGCCGAGGAGCUGCUGGACCUGUCGUCCAACGGCCGCAAGCUCUCCGACACGUCCAUCUUCCUGGACCUCAACGACCUGCCCGACCCACAGGGGGAGCAGUACUGCUAGAGGAGCGAUUUCUUUUCUAAUGUGUGUCAGUGUCGCGUUCAGUCGGAUGCAGCGAUGAUUAUUUUAAACAGAAAAAGACCUCAGUCCAGGUUUAGUGUGGUUAAAUCUGCGUUAGCGUUUGAAAACAUUUCUAACAUAAAUAAACACAUAACUUAAAUAUUGAUGAAACGCUGCAUUAAUGCCCUUUCAUAUUUUAUUAGCGACCAUGCUGACCUCACACAUCCUAAUUUUAGCUUGAAACUUUAGCAUAAAUGUGACCGCAGGUGUAAUAUGUGUUAAAGCAGAAUGUGUCAACAACUCGCUGUGGACUUACAUCGAGGAUUAUAUCGCUGAAUCGUACAGAUUUUUAAGAAAAUGGAGGGAAACGUAGGCUUAUGAGUUACAAUUUAGCAUUAGCAUUCCUUUUGAGACAUGUUUCUGGUCACUAACCAAAAAAAUCUAUUUUUAAUUCACAAGAUUGUUUGUUUAAAAGAUAAGAUAAACUACUUAAUUGUCAUUCUAUUAUGUUUGGUUGACCAGAAAAGUCUCUAAAUUAAUGUUAAUGUCACUCCUACAUUUUUAGCUAACAUGUUAGCUGACAUUCAAUCCUCUCAAAAUCUGUGGAACAGCUUUGCCAUAUUUUUCAUAUUCUCAGUCCACAGAGAGCUGACAGAACAUUAGUCAUUUAAAAGUAUGAAUUUUCAAAGAUGUCUCCAUAAAUCAACAUUAAUGAUGAUUUAUUUAAGUAUGAAUGAAUUAAUUUAUUAUUAAUUUAUUUAUUAAUGAAUUUAAACCCAUUUAAAUGUUAGUUAUGUGUACAGCAGACUGAAGCGGAUGAUAUUAGCUGCUAGCUAUUAGCUCAGUUUGGUUGAAUUUACAUCUACUGUUGCAAUUUUCUUCCAAACUCCAUCAUAAAUACUUUUAAAGUGUACACCGCAACCUGAAGAUUGAGCUCUUAGCUGUUUAUUUUAAUUGCCGUGUGUCAGAAAUGAUGUGUUGAUGCUAAAAAUGCUACAAAUAGCACCCCUGAGUCUGCUGCUUUGGCUCUAAAGUGGUGCGCUAAUGCAGGGUUUCUCAAUCCUGAUCCUGGGAAUCCACUCUCCUCCAGGUUUUACAUGUUUCCCUGCUCCAACACACCUGGAUUCAAAUAAUCAGCUCAUCAGCAGAAGCUGAAAACGACCCAUUUAUUUGAAUCAGGUGUGUUGGAGCAGGACAGCGAAACCCUGAGGAUUUCUGAGGACCAAACCAAUCCACGACUACCAAGAAGAAGAAGAUGCUGAUAUGAUCAACUAUAGCACAUAUGCUAAUGGCCCACAGGCUUCGUCGGUCACUGCCUGUUGGAUUGUAUUCCUUGAAGAAGCUGUAGUUGUGUGUGUGUGUGUGUGUGUGUCUGCGACGUCCAGGUGUAGAUACACAUUUGAAAUGUAACGUUGUCACUGAAGUGACGACACACUGCCUCUCACACGUGAACCAAAUAGCAUUAGGUAGCUUAAUGACGUAUACAGACACAGAAUCAGCACAGAUUUGCAGGUAAACAAAGAAAAGAGCCACUUCACUAAAGGCUCACGGAAGUCUGAAGUUUGUCACUUCAUCGUGAGACGACCUUGGAAACCAGCUCACUCUCCUGCACCAAACUCCAUAGAGAAAAUCAUCAUUUUUAGCUCGUAGCUGCCGUUCUACUGC